AUGGACAAAAUUGUGUCCGGUGGCGGUGGUAACGGUGCUUUAAAAAACCUAAUACAUGACGAUAACAGACAACAGAAACCGGUGGCGGCAAUGGUGGCCGAUGGAUUACCGGAAGGCUGUGGUCGGCCGCACGAAUGGUUGCGCCAGCAGGUGCCCACCGUGCCCUCGGAACAUCCUCAAGGACCGGACUUCGACCCGGACUUUGACAAGAUGAAUCAAGAGUUCAGAAACAGGAUUAGGAGCAGACAGCAAGAAGAAUGGGAUUGA